CCAAUGCAGUGUAGAAUUUCAAAAGGCUAAAAGAAAAUUUGCAUUUCCCGCACAAUGUUGAUUCGGCUUCCGUCCCCAAUCCUUCUCUAAGCCAAACACGCCGCAAGCAGCGAGAGCGAAACUCCAAAGUCCAAACAUCACAAUGGAGCCUUCGAAGAACAACGCCCAAGCCCAAGCCCAAGCCGAAGACGACGACACCGUCGCGCUGAAGAAGAAGAGGGCGCGCCGCGUGAGCUUCGCCGACAACGAAAUCACCUCCGUCCAUGUCUUCCGCCGCGACGACGACUCUUCUUCUCCCUCCGAAGCGCCCUCCGAUCCCUCCGUCGUAGGGUUCUUCCGCGACCUCGCCUCCGACAGCGACGACGACGAGCCGCCGCAACUAGACGACGCCGACGCCGCCCAGGCCGGAAACUCCUUCCUCCGCCCAAUCGGCUCUCCCUCCCCCGGCGGCAGCAGCACCACCGCCGAUGACGUCGACGAUGAUGACGACGACUUUCACGGUCCGGUGUCGGCUUGUUUCAUCAGACCGGACCGGUUGUCGGACUCCGGCGUCUCCGACGACGUCACGAUGGACUCCACGGCGUUCUCGCUGCAUUACCGGAGUUUCGCUCGGUCGGAUUCCGGCGACAUCAAGACGCGCCAAUUCGGCGGCUUCACGACGCCGAGCACUCAGGGAAGUUACAUGGAGCUCACGGAGGCGAAGAGGCCGCUAGAGGUGGCGCUGGAUCCGGAGAUAAGCGCUGGCAGAGACUCGAACGACAUGAGCAUCGAGGGAGAGCACCAAAGUAGUUGCGAAUACGACGAAUGCUCUCCCGCGUUUGAUGCAAUUUUGGCAGAAGGAGCGCCUAAAGACUCGACACAACGCAACAUGGAAGGUUUGGUUGCCUCUCCACAUGCUCAACUUAACCAAAUACAACACUCUGAGUCUUCAACGAAGGAAAUUGAAGAGUUUACUAAAGAUGAAGAUGCAACUGUGUCAAUUUGUAGACAACUGGACUUUGAGAAAGAUAAUAGAGGAACACCACUAGAGAGAGUACAGGUGUCUGACUCCAAUCAUAAGUCUGAUCAAGUAAACCGAAAUCCAAUACAUGGGUUUACGCCAUUGUCAUUGUCUGGAAGAAAACAAUUGAGUUCUCCUCAUUCAUCCAGGCAUGCUGGAAAUGUAACUCCAGCCUUGGAGCCAACUGAUUUGUUUGGUUUGGCAGUCCAUGUUGCACAUGGUGCAACUUCAUCUUCUGUACAUAGGAGAAGCAUUUCGAAGAUGAAAACUCUUGAGACUAGCCCUAUCAUGUCGAGUGUCAAAGAUGGAAUGGACAUAUUGAAAGCUAGAUUAUCAAAAUACUCUCCUGGAUUUUCUCUGUCAAAUAAAAGAGAUCGUGAAUACAAGCAAGAUGAAAGUCACCGAACUCCUAUAAAGGAAAAACUGUUUAGUUUAACACCAGAGAGCAACAUGUGUAAACAUUUGGUUGAUAGUAAUGAUUGUGGAAUUCAGUCUUUUAAGAAUAUUUGCAAGUCAAGUCAAAAUGAGGAGACUGUGAACACCAAAAUGGACGAGGAAAACUUAAAUUUGAUUUUAGAUAAUGUUUCUUAUAAUGAUGAAAAUUCUAAAGCUGUGGAAAUGCCAGCUUCACCCUCACAAAUAACUCAUUUAACGAAGGUGGUAGAUGUGGAACUGGAAGAUAUCACGGCUGAGGAAGGGAAAGAUGAAAUUCUGGUUCCUAACCUUUGUAUCCAAGAGGUAACAACUCCGUUGCAUUCCCUGCGGGACCCUCUUAGUAUUCAAGACUUGUCUCCCAAGGGUAACUUAGAUGGUAAUGGUCUUGAUAACAUCUACCAUUCAGUACUCCAAGUAGCUCAAAGCCCUCUUACUAAAUUAGGUAUUGAGAUUUCUUCUGGGAAGAAAAGAAAAGGUGUUGAGUUAUUAAGCAAUGGAGAUAAUAUAGAUAAAAUAGGGAGGAUUGAUAGCAGCCCAGUGGUUCGGAGAAAUGGGAAUGGUGACCAGUUAGUUUUGGAGCAAACAGGUUCUGUGAGAAGUGAAAGAGAGAAGCUUGGAGAUCAGACAUGGAAUGAUGGGGAUCUUAUUCUUAAAAAUUUCUUAGUGGAAACAAAUCAGUUGCUACCUUCUUCAAUUGACAAGCUAAAUUUGAGAUCGAUUGGCAGGCUGGAAGAUAUCUUGGUUCAUCUGCAGAAAGUUAGGAAGGUGGAGAUUCUUUGUUCUGAAAUUCAAUCUCAGAACAAAAUAACUGAUCAUGUAAACUUUCUUAGAGAAAAGAGGGUUGCUGAAACAAAAACAUUGCUGUAUAAUAUAGCAUAUGAGAAGGCAAAGUUACAACUAUUGCAUCUGAAGCAUGACAAAUUACAGAAAAAGGUACAACAGGUAAGCUCUGGGCUUCAAGAGUGUGAGAAGAUAAAAUUAAAUUUGAUUCCAUCUUCAUCUAAAAGUGGGGCAAUGGACACUCAAGCUGAUGAUAGUCACACUCGUACAACAUUGUCUAGUUCCCAGGGAAGAUGUCAGGUUUCUUGCAACAAAGUAUUGGAAAAGAAGCAGGAGCUUGAAACUUUGGAUUCGAAAGCAAAAUCCUUAAGUGAAUUCCUAUGCAGAUACUGCAAGAUAGGAGGGGAUCAAAGCUAUACCAACACCAUGAAAGCUGUUUCUGGUUAUUUGCAGAAGAGGAUGCCUUGCAAGUAUAUACUCCAGAGUUUGAAGUUAUGGGAAAUGGAAGAUUUUGAGCACAAGGAUGGUUGUUACAAAGUUUGUCUCAACUAUUGUGGUUAUAUAACCCAGAGGUUCACAGUAAAUACUGGUCAUUCUAGCAUAGUAAUAUCAAAUAACUUGAAUGAUGUGAAUAUCGGAAAGACCUUUUCAAACUUGGAUGCUUUUUCUGCAUUCUUGUUUGUCUUAAAUCCUCUUAUCUCAAAGAAAUGCACUGGUUCACGCAGUAUGGCACAUGAAACACAGUUGACAAGUUCACUGCUAAGUAAUUUGCUAGAUGUCGUUGAGGAGGUUCAAUCAGCUCGGAUAGAGAUUAGAAAUUUGGUCGAAGCAAAGUUCUAUUCUCAUUCAGUUCAGCGGCUUGAUUUGCAGCUUUCUUUCAUUGAUUUCUAUAGUGGGAGGAAGGUGAAAGCGACCUUUGAUAUAACAUGCUUAAAAUGUGGAGUGUAUCCUGCUGAGGUCCUUCCAUCUAUAAUAUGUGAUCCUUCGGGUGCGGAACAAAAGUCUCUGCCUUCAGCGCUUGCGGAUGAGAUAAGAAGUGCAGCAGAGAGUGUGAGAGCUGGCUAUUCAAGAAUUAUCAGGCUUUGUAGACGUAUUUCCCAGGCAGUUCAGGCUACCACUAAAACUACAUGAUUGGCGCAAGAACAAGGUGACGCUUGACAAUGAACACCCUAUGUGAUGGAAACCUACUUCCCAAGAAUCCUUUUGGAAAAGAUAAGACCAAGAAGGGUGAAGGAUGAUAAAGAUGGUUAGAAGAAUUGUAGGGCAUUUACCCUUAUUUUGUAGGGUACCCUACAUUUGGAGGCCUAUCUUCCCUUAAGGACUCCUAUUGAUUGUUUUACAUUUUUUUUCUUCUUAAUAGUGAUUGUAUAGGAUAUUUUUGACCAUGUAUUUUGGGUCAAGUAAUAUAGGAAUUUUUGUCCUUGUAUUUUUCUUUAGGGGUGUAAUUAGUAGUUUAGGGAAGGUGUAACUAGACUAUGGACUUAUUUGGGCUUGGAUGACCCAAAAAAAACUUCAAAUCCACCAAGAUUGGAUGUCCACUUGCCUAAGCAAGUGGUUUGGACAUCCAAGCUUGGUGAGGAAGCCAUCCAAGUUUGUUAAAAUAAGUCACAUGGCCUUGAAAGUGACAUAUCAACAAAUUAGUUAAAAGUAAUCAUUAGGUUAGGUAGAUGGAGUUAACUUAAGCUAACCUAGGUUAUUUCUAAACUAGGAUUAUCUUAGCUUGCUCCAUAAUCUUCUAGGAAGGUAAGUAGAGUUGGUUAGCUUAAGUACAAGAUAGCUAACCAUGGUUUU